UGUUUAUUAUGAAGAGCAUUGCAAAUUAGUUAUAUUUUGAAUUCUGAAAGAUAAUAAAUUUCAAACUUAUGAAAUAAAAUAAAGAAACUUCUAAAUUAAUGAAUAGUAAUAGUAAUAUCCAAAAUUAAUGUAAAAAGCACAGUGAUAUUAUAGCAUAUAAUAAAUCUUAUCUAGAUAAAACAAUGUGUUAGAUGUCUUUGAUUUGGAUUUUAUUUUUGGAAUCUUGGUACAAGAUUCUCACCAAGACUUAAAAGAAACUCAAGUGAAAGAUUUCAAAUCUGUGCUUACUAUAUUAGGAAUACUUCAGCAUAAAAGGUUAAGACUACUGUUGUGACAAAACAAUUCAUCUACAGUACUCUAAAAAGAUGGGUCGACAGGGUCCUAAAUUAGUGCCUUUCUUGCAUGAUGGCGUGGUCAAUAGGAAGUACCGAAAUUUAAUUUCUGAAGAUGCUUCAGGACUGAAAUUCAGCAUAGUUUUACCUCAUAAAACUAAAAAGUUAGAUACAGAAGAUGAGCUCAUCUUUAAGGAUUGGUAUGCAUUGAAUGGUAAAAAGUAUAUUUUUGCAUCCAAGCACUAUACAGAUGCAAAACAAGCCAUGACAGCAUCUUUAAGAAAGUCAGAUUAUGUAGAAAAAGUACACUGUACUGAUUACAAACUAACUUACAGGAUCUUGAAUAAAGCAGAAGUAAAAGAAAAAAAGAGGCUGAAAAAGGAACUAAAGAAAAAAAAUGAACUCAAAAAAGAAACUCUUGAUAGUGAUGCUGCCUUAUCUUCUGAAGAAUCUGGAUAUGGAAGUGGGACUGAUUCCCCACUUAAUAAUUAUCCUGUAGGUGACAACCUAACUGCUUCUAGUGGCGAAGAAUCCUUACAAGCUUCUUUUACCAUGGCUGUAGAUAGCUUGUUUGGAAUAAAUUCUCUUGAAAGUACAUGUGCUGAUGACUUAAAUGGAUUUCUCAAAUCUGAACCAAUGGAUGUCAGUAUUCCAGUUGCCGAUUCACAUGCUGUUCCCGAUUAUCUUGUUAACAUCCAACCAUUUGUUAAUAACCUUCAAUCAACAGAUUGUUUUCCUGAAAGUAGUCCUAGUUUGGAUUUAAUGGAAUGUUUUCCUGAUGCAUCUGAAUUAAACAAUUCAGGAUUUACAGAGGAGCUUCCCAUUGAAAAUGGAUACGAUUUUCUUCAAUUGAAUAACUUGUCUUAUGAAGAUUUAAAUAAUGUGUUGUUAAAGGAUUUUCCAGCAUUUAAUUUCAAUUCUCCAUUGGUAUGUGAAGAUUAUAUUAAUGAACAAGCUUCUGAAUUGCAAAAUAUGGAAAAAUUACUUACAGAACCAGAAGAUUUAUUAACUGAAGAGUUAUUUGAUAAGCUAAUGGAAGACAUUUCAACUGCUAAUUCUCAUCCUUCUGUGGCAUAUGAAGAUAAUAAUCAAGAAAAUAGAAUGCCUUCAGAUGCUGACUUGCAUGAUCAGAAAACCGAAGCAAAUGAAAAUGUAUACUAUUGCAAGAAAUGCAUUCAUCUGGGGAAAAUACCAAUUUUAUUGUGUGAACCUCAGUUUGAAAAUGGGCCUUCUGAAGCAAAGGGUGAGAUCAAGAUUGCUUUUGAGGAACGCAUAUUAAAGGAAAUAAAUGGAUUCAAAUGUGUUAAGGAAUACAAGUUCAUCAAUGAUCAUCUGAUGGUUAUUUUAGAGCCUAAUGAUGACUAAUUGUGAUUUGUUCCAAGCACCGACCGUCUUAACUAAUAUAUUAAACACUGUUGUUUAAUAUAUUUUUUAUAUUUAUGCUAUUUACGAAUCAGUUCGUAUGAAUUACGAAUCUGUUCGUAUUUAAUGCGUUUAUUCUUAUGUUUUUAUGGUGGGAACUUAAAGCUUGCUAAUAUUCAAAUAUUAAAUCAUUCGAUUUAAAAUACUGCUAUUAAAUACCAAAUAAUUUGAUUUGCUUUUAUGUUUAGUUUGUUUUGUGUAAGAAAUGUUUCAUAUGUUAUGACCAUAUGCUUUAAGGAUCAGUUAAAUUUGCAGCAGUUAUGCUUAAGUUCCCCCAUUUCUUUUUUAACUCAGUUCUCAUUUGAGAACUUAUAUAUUUGUGUUUAAGAAGGCAAGAUUUUAUAUCUUGCUUUCAAAACCAAACACUGACGUAAAGUCUUAACGUAUGAUUAAAACUCAGUUAUGCCUUGUUUUAGGCAUUGAGUUGCAAAGGAGUUUUUGCCUUUUUCCAUUACUGUGGAAAACCAACACUGACACUUUUUAAGUCUUAACAAACAAAAAAAAAAGUUUAUUGUUUAUGUUUGAAAAUGUUGUUUGGCUGGCAUAAAUGACUCCUUGUAUUCUAUUGUAAUUAUAACUGUUAUGUAAUUGAACAUUUUUUAAUAGUUGAUUAUUAUGAUACAUAAAUUUAGUUCUUAUAAUUAUUAUAAGAUUAUAAAACUUUUAAAUGCUUAAAUGAACUUCAUUUUAAUAACUGAUAUUGAAUAUCACAUGUGUCAUUCAGAUUCUUUUAAUGGAUGUAAUUUAUCAGUGUAUAAAUAAAAUGUUUCCAGCUUAUAUUUCUUCAUACUAAACUGAAAAUUGGAGAGCUGUGAUUUUUUUGGAAACUUAUUAUGUAAUGGCCAAAAUUUUCAAAGUCUGUUUAGUGUAUAGCUAAUAUACAUCUUUCAAAUUUAAGUUUAUUCAAAAUUUAAUUUUGAGUGUAACUAGAUAAUAUCUCCUUCGUAUUGGGGGAUAGUACUGUUUUCCACAGCAGAUUUCUUUAAUAUUAUUUUUUAUUGUUACUUUUUUUUACCUUCUUUUCAGUAUAGUAAAAGGGGGAAAAAAUAUGUAUUUGAUUGCUGAUCAAAUUUUUUAUAAAAUUUGACAGCAGGAAGAACAAUUUAUAAUUUGAAAUUUUUGAAUCCAUGUGAUUAGAUAUUAAAUCAUUAAAAAAAAUACAGGAUCAUUCUUUUCUGUAUUCGUAAAAUUAUGUACUUUUAAUAGACUUUUUCGAUUAAUAUAAUUGUUUCUGAAAAAUUUUAUGCUUGCAAGAUUUAUGUAUUAUUCUGAAAUGCAAUUAAAGCUAAAAUUGAAUUUAAUAUCUAAUAUGUUACACAUUGUCUUUGAGAUUUAAUAUUGUUUUAACAUUGGAUCAUCCUUUGUGAUUUUCUUUUUAGGUGAUUAUGUGAUGUUAUUUUUAAGAUGUUGAAAAAGAUCAAUUAAAAUAUGAUUGGCUUAUUAAUUCUGAUGUUCAAAUGAACCUUCAGAUAGUAAAGAAUUAAUAUAUCUUUGUAAUUGAAUAGUAUUACUGUUCAUGAAUUUAAAUAGUGAUUUGUGCAUCUUUCGAAGUUUCUAUGUAUGAACAAUUUUUGUUAUUUUUAUGUUUGUUGAAAUUUUUUUCCUUUGUAAUUUGUUUAUUAUCAUUACAUCCUUUUGUAACUUAAAAAAACAAGAACUGUUGCAUAGCUCAGCUGUUUUUAGCUCAAAAAGUAUACAUUAGUGUACAUGAACUAUCAGCUUUUUUAGGUUUAAUGAAAUAUAUAUUUCAUCUUCUUUUGAUGUUUCUUUUAAAAUUUACCAACUUGUUUUAGCUAAUCUUUUUUAAUGCUUCAUAUUGUUAUAUAUUUUCCUUUGUAAUGUUAAUUAAACAAGGAUGAUGAGAUUUUAUACGUAUAUGAAUUUGUGUUGCACUCUAAUAAUGUUCAUUUUAUUGUUUUAUUUGGACUAUUAACAAUAUUGUAAUUGCAUGAUUUG